UCAAGCAAGUUUCCGUGUUGACAGAGCUUUGUUGCAGAGCAGUCGGUGUUGAGUUUCUGAGGAGGAUGCGGUGCGGUCAUGGCCUUUUUCAAGACGCAAGAGCGAACCAAGGAAAGGUUUUCUCUGUUGUUGCUGGACUUGGAGGAAUAUUACUUUGAGCAGUACACUGCUUGCCAUGUGACAAGCCCUUCAAUAAAGGAGAAUAAGAUCAGAGGUUCCUUCAAAGUUUGCUCCAGAUCCAUCAUAUUUGAUCCAGAUGGCCUUACAGAGCCAAUUAUAAAGAUUCCUCUGCGAGACUGUCAGAGAAUCGAGUUUGUGGAGAAAGAGAACAAUCCUUUUAACGAGCCGCAGCCACCGGCCAUCACAGUUUCCUGUAAGCAGGUUAUUUUCAUCAAGGAAAGCAACGUCAUUACGCCAUAUAGGAAUGAAAGGGGAUCAAAGAAACUGACCUUUGAACUGGAAGGUUGGAGUAAAACAGAAGAUGUGGUACAGACAUUAUUGCAGCUCCACAGGGCUUCCUGUCUGGACAAACUAGGAGACCAGACGGCUAUGAUUGCGGCUAAUCUGCAGUCCCGACUGGCAAGGUCGUCGUUUGAUAAGAAUUGUUUUCAGAGUGUUGCAGAGAAGCCACACAUGGAGUGUCCUGUAGAGAUGGUGAUGCCUCUGGUGUCCAACCCGGGCCACGUCUGUGUCACAAAUGAAAACCUUUACUUCCAGCCCCUGAACGGACAUCCGCAGCACGUGAUUCAAAUCAAACUGAAUGAAGUCAGGAGGAUCUACAAACGGCGGCAUGGGCUCAGGCCUCUGGGGCUGGAGGUGUUCUGUAGUGAGAAUAACUUGUGUUCCGACAUCUACUUGAAGUUUUACUACCCAGCCGACCGAGAUGAAAUCUACUACUACAUCGCUACGUUUCUGGAGAAUCACAUAAAGGAGCACACAGCAGAGAGCUACAUGCUGCAGUGGCAGCGCGGCAUUCUCAGCAACUAUGAGUAUCUCCUCCAUUUGAACAACCUGGCCGACCGCAGCUGCAACGACCUGUCCCAGUACCCCGUCUUCCCCUGGGUCAUAGCCGACUACACCAGCACGCAGUUAGAUUUGGCAAAUUCGGACACAUUCAGGGACCUGAGUAAACCCAUUGGGGCCCUGAAUCAGGAGCGUCUCGACAGACUGCUGGCUCGGUAUGGAGGCAUGCCCGAACCGCGCUUCAUCUACGGGAGCCAUUACUCCUCUCCAGGAUACGUCCUGUUUUACCUCGUCAGAGUCGCUCCAGAGCACAUGCUGUGUCUGCAGAACGGCCGCUUCGACCACGCAGACCGCAUGUUCAACAGCAUCAGUGAAACAUGGAAAAACUGCUUAGAGGGAGCAACAGACUUUAAAGAGCUGAUCCCAGAGUUUUAUGGAAAUGACUCCAGCUUCCUGGAAAACAGACUGAGUCUUGAUUUGGGCCGAAAGCAGAAUGGAACGUUAGUCGGUGACGUUCUUCUCCCUCCGUGGGCCUCGGAUGCCAGUGAUUUUCUUAAAAAGCACCAGCUUGCCUUGGAGAGUCAGUAUGUAUCAGAGCACCUUCAUGAAUGGAUCGACUUGGUGUUUGGAUUCAAGCAGAGGGGCACUGAAGCUGUCGAAGCUCAUAAUGUUUUUCACCCGUUGACCUACGAAGGCGGGAUAGACUGUGACAGCAUCGAGGACACGGACCAGAGAAUAGCCAUGCUGACGCAGAUCCUGGAGUUCGGCCAGACGCCCAAGCAGCUCUUCACGAGCCCUCACCCCCAGAGGAUCAUACCCCGGUUCCAGAACCUCACACGGAGCUCCAGCGUCAACUCCGCCGUAGGCGAGCUGUCCCCUGUCUCUCUGUGUGAGGACUCGUCGUUUGAAGACCUGACUGAGGAAAGCAGGAGGAUGGCCUGGGCCAACAUGGCAACUCUGAAGAGGAUCUCCAGCCACAAAAUCCAUAAGGAAGCCGUGACGGGCAUCGCUGUGACUCGAGACGGAGCUUCGAUCUUCUCUACAUCUCAAGACUCAACACUUAAAAUGUUUUCCAAAGAGCUGAAGGAAUUCCAGAGGAGCGUCUCCUUCUCCAACAUGGUAAACAGCUGGAUUUCCUGCCGUUUCACGUCACAUAAAGCAAGUCCAGCUCUGCGAACAGUAAACCUCUCUGCUGUUUUCCAGGCGUUAUCUUCAUGCUUGAUGCUGGCCGACGGGAAAACUGUGUUGUGUUCUUCAUGGGACAACAACGUAUACUUCUACUCCAUCCCUUACGGCCGGCGGCAGGACACACUGAUGGGUCACGAUGACGCCAUCAGUGAGAUGUGCUGGUUUGAUGAUAGGCUCUAUACAGCGUCCUGGGAUUCCACUGUUAAGGUAUGGCAGUGUUCUUCUAAAAACCAACCUGGCAACAAAAAAAAUACAUUUGAGCUGCUGGCUGAGUUGGAACAUGAUGCUGGGGUAAACACGGUCGGUCUGAAUCCUGCUGGAACUCUGCUGGUGUCUGGCUGUAAAGACGGGACGGUCACCAUCUGGGACACCAGCAGCUACCGGACUCUUCACCAGGUCCACUGCCAUGCUGGAACCAUCCACCAUGCCGCCUUCAGUCCUGACAGCAGACAUGUUCUCAGCGUUGGUGAUGACUGCUGUAUGAAGGUGAUGGACGUUCAGACUGGAAUGAUGAUCUCUUCUGUUAAAGCUGAGGAGGAGCAAAGAUGUUUCUGCUGGGACGGGAGCUCGGUGCUGUGUGGAGGACGCUCUGGUAACCUCCUUCUGUGGGACCUGCUCAGCAACAGGGUCAUCAGCAGAAUCCCCGCUCACUCUGGUGCUGUCACCGCCAUGUGGAUGAAUGAACUGUGCAACACGGUGAUCACAGGUGGAGAGGACAAGCAGAUCAUGUUCUGGAGGCUGCAGAGUUAAAGGUCUCUCUGCAGCGACGGAGACCAAAUCCUCUAGUUAAACGCACAGGACAUGUUUCCCUCUGAUCAUGUGACCCAAGUCCAAGGAACAGACUGAUCUGAGAUUUUACCCUUACCCUUACAGUAUGCCAGAAAGUUGGGUGGAGGACGUAAUGUUACCAUAAUGUUAAUCGUUGUCAAUUAUAUCGAAAUACAAACAUGUCUAAAUGCAGUGUUUGCUUGAGAGCAGGAAGCUAAAACAAUUUCAUUGCCUUAUUUUCAAUUGUUUUUAAUGUCAUUUAUGGAUAGUUGUGUGGAUUUUAUUUUAUUAUGAUUUUUUUUAGGUUAUUCUGAGGAACAGCUGUAAACCCAAGAAGCUUGUAUAGGUUAUAGGACGGAUGUUAAUUUUUUUUAAAUCAUCAAUGAUGUUUCUACUUCCAUUG